AUGCAAUUGAAAGUGAUAUCUCGGAGUAUUGAUCUUACUCCAGUCGACAAAAAAGCAUUCCCACGAACUAUAUGUCAACAACGACAGGCUGCUAUCGAUAAUAUAUCCUAUCGGCGAGCUAUUGAUCAAUGGCAACCAAAAUCAUUCGAACAACUAAUCGGUUUUAUUAAAAGUCUAUCUGUGAACAAAAAUGAAAUUGAUAAAGCAUGGAUUAUUUUCUAUUGGAUCUCUCAGAAUAUUCGAUAUGAUACAAAAGUUUACUUUGACAAUAAUAUUGGUUCGCAAGCGUCUACAAAUGUAUUUCUUAGCCGAAAAGCAGUAUGUGAAGGCUAUUCAACCUUAUAUGCAGACUUAUGCAGUCGAACAGGACUCCAAUGUCGUAAAGUGAGUGGUUAUGCAAAAGGAUAUAGUUUUAAUUUUCGUCAAACAAACUUUGAAAAGACAAAUCAUGCAUGGAAUAUACUCUCACUCAAGAAUGGACAUUCUUACUUUAUUGAAUCGACUUGGGGCUCAGGUUAUUUAGAUGCUUCAACACAUCAAUACAAAGCAAAGUUAGCACCUUACUAUUUUUUCUGUCGACCGAAACAUAUGAUCUAUGGGCAUUUUCCAGAAGAUCCUCAAUGGCAACUGCUCGAGCAUUCAUUAACAAUGAAACAAUACCUCAUGCUACCGCACACACAUGGAGAAUUUUUUGAAUUGAACCUAAAUAUUGUAUCGCCCGUCUAUACACGUAAUAUCACUCUUGAGACAGGACAAUCAUAUGGGGAAGUACUUAUUGCAACGUCGAUUAAUGAUGUUGAACUAUCUGGAUCGUUGCAUGAUGAAUCAAAUACAAAAAUUGAAGGUGGUGAUUUCGCGUAUUUUGAUCGUGCUCGCAAUUUGUGGCGAUGUCGCUUUGCUCCACAAAAAGCUGGUAAUCAUACAAUUGUAAUAUUUGGUAGUAAGAAAAGUAACGCAAACAAAUCGACUUUGAGUUGUGCUGUCGAGUUCACCUUUGAUAUUGAUCAUCUUUCUACAAUACCCAUAUCAUAUCCUAUCACAUGGUCGAAGUUUUUCGAUUAUCAUCUUGAAAUUGUCAAGCCAGUCAAUACUCGGUACAUUGAUUGGCCGUUAGACAAGAACUUUCCCUACUGUGAAAUUCUUGUUCGUUCUCCUGAUGAUGUUUAUCUCUCAGCGGCUAUGGCAGAUGGAAUCACUGGUAAAAAAAUAGAAAAUGGGACAUUGGUCAAUUUUAAUAGUCAAGAAUCGCUUUGGCAAUGCCUCUUUGCUCCACCUACUAGUGAUACAUCAUAUAAAUUAACAUUAUUUGCUCAGCAUAUCACCGAAAAUCAAUCCCAUUGUGUUGCUCAAUUUCAUUUGCAACAAGUCCAUAAAUCAAUGCUUCAAAACUAUAGACGUUUUCCGACUACCUACGGAUCUUUUCACGAAGCAAAAUGUUAUUUGUUUGAACCACUCGAAGGAAUACUAGAACAACAAUCAAAAAUACGAUUUCACUGUCGAAUUCCCGGUGCUCAUGAAGUGAAUAUAACAGUCGAUGGGCAAUUAUUGAAAAAUGAUUUAGCAUUAUACAUGAACGAGAAUUAUAUAUUUCAACGUGAAAUUCAAGUUGGACAAAAGGAAGUAGCGGUAUGGGUAAAAUUCGACAAGCAAACGUCGAACUAUACAGGAUUGUUAGAGUAUUCAGUCAAAUAA